AUGAAGGACUGUGAUCCCACAACAAGGUCUGAUGACUGGAAGGCGUCCCUCGAACUUCCUGAAAAGGACAAUAGGAUUAAAACAGCAGAUGUCGCUUCAACAAAAGGCCUUAACUUUGAGGAUUUCUGCCUUAAACGUGACCUGCUCAAAGGAAUAUACGAAAAAGGUUGGGAAAACCCCUCGCCUGUCCAGGAAUCCAGCAUACCGAUAGCCCUUACUCACAGGGACAUCUAUGCACGUGCGAAGAAUGGGACUGGGAAAACCGGAGCUUACUCUAUUCCCAUUCUGGAAUCCAUUGAUACAUCGCUCGGUAAAAUACAGGCCUGCAUACUGGUGCCCACUCGCGAGUUAGCCCUCCAGACGAGUCAAAUAUGCAUUGAGUUGUCCAAACAUAUGGACGUGAAGACUAUGCUCGUUAUUGGAGGCACUUUUCUAAAGGACGACCUUAUUCGCCUGAGCCAAACUGUACAUAUUGUCAUCGGCACCCCCGGGCGUCUAGUUGAUCUCAUGAACAGAGGUUUCAUCGACUUCAGCCACUGCAAGAUAGUAGUCCUGGAUGAGGCGGACAAACUGCUGUCGGAAGAGUUAAAGUACGGUGUUGAACAGUUACUCGACAAAGUGAACGAGAAGCGACAACUCAUGGUUUAUUCGGCGACUUACCCCGUUGCUGUCCAGUCCUUCAUCACUAAACACCUUCGCAACCCUUACGAGAUUAACCUAAUGGAGCAGUUGACUCUUCGGGGUAUAACCGAGUACUAUGCUUACGUUCAGGAAAAGCACAAGGUAUGGUCAAUACUUCACGCUAACCUUUCAGGUUCACUGUCUAAACACCUUGUUUUCAAAGCUUCAAAUUUGCCAGUCCAUCAUAUUCUGUAGUUCCGCACAACGCGUUGAGCUACUUGCCAAAAAAAUCACUCAGCUGGGCUAUUCUUGUUACUACAUCCACUCAAGGAUGACACAACAGGAUCGAAUUCGCGUCUUUCACGACUUCCGCAACGGCAGCUGCAGGAACCUUGUGUGCACUGAUCUCCUUACCCGCGGUAUCGAUAUACCGACGGUGAAUGUUGUGAUUAAUUUCGACUUUCCGAAAUAUGCUGAGACCUAUCUACAUCGUAUUGGCCGUUCCGGACGUUUUGGUCAUUUGGGUAUCGCCAUCAAUUUAGUUACUUUCCAAGACAGGUAGGCAAGAUUUGAUUUCUUUGCAUUCCUUUCUCAGAUACGCCCUUAAGAACAUCGAAAGAGAACUACGCACGGAAAUCAAACCAAUUCCAAAAGAGAUUGAUAAGAGGCUAUAUGUUGCUGAAUACCAGAACGAAGCCAAUCUGGAUGCGGCAACGAGGGACGCUCUGUACCAAGGCGUUGGACUUCAGCCAUUAGAAACAGUAAAUAAUGGGACACAAUGA